ACUUGAAAAUAUUUUUUUGAUCAGAAGUCAAAAACUGUAGGUUUACCAAAACUUAGUAUUGGAUUACAAUUUGUCAUUUGCAUGCAUACUUAAACUUAAUAAAAUUGAUUACUUCUUGGACGCAGUCAUCAGCUCGGCCUCAUCGUAAUAAAUGUAUUUCUCAAUCUAAAAAUAGAAACAAGGCGAACAACACGGUACAGAUGCAAAAUUGAAAAUACAUAUUUUGCAAAAAAGCACAUUUUAAUGUGCAACAUUUGUACAUGAUUCUUGGAUGAUGUAACUGUUAAGUUUAACCAGGAGUUAAUUGAGGUACUUUGGACUGCUCAAUCGUAGUGAUAACAGAACUAAUGAGACAAGACUGCAAGUAGUAGGUGACGUAAUGCACUAAAUAAGAUUGAUUUUUAACCACCGACACAUAACCAGUCUGAAAUCGGCUUAGUUACUUCUUUAUCAAAACGAAGUAAUUCUCCUUGACUUUGAGCUCGGUUUCCGUUUCCCGUCUCGAUAAUUAACGUUUACGCUUCUUAAUUACUAUGCCACUUACAUAAAUGUGCGAAUACUCAUAUACUUAAGAUUAGUCAGUAGCACAAAUGAUAAAUUAGCUCAUUCGUGUAAUGAACUCGCAAAUAAAACCAAGAUUUAUGUGCACCACAAUUUCAGUUCGGAUUGGUGGGAACGCUGCUCAAAUAAUCAAUUUUAGUAUUUAGCUGACCUCGUUGGCAAACUUAUUAAACCCUUCUGCUCUCUUCCAUUUUUUGGAGUUAAUAACUCUAAAAUUCUUAAAAAGUGCAUAAUUCUUUGUGAAUAAGAGAGUACCACAACACGAGCUUUCACCUACUCGAACCUCAUAAAUACCUGACCCGAUACCUGGAUUGAAGGCAUUAAAUAGUUAGCUGUUCUUCCUUAAUGAUGAAUACAACGGACGACGGGAUUUCCCCCGAAAUGGACGCGAUGAAACACUUGGUCAAUAACACGAAUAACUUUGCCCCCCUUGGACCAGGAUUUGAAUGGGAUUGGACCCACAUUUCAAAAGUGGCCCUUUUCACCCCCAUCGUAUUUUUCGCCAUUUUUGGGAAUUUUCUCGCCCUUUUCGCCUUCAUUACGCGAUACAGUCAAAUGAAAUCUCCAACUCAUUUCUUUAUCGCGAACCUGGCACUGGCCGACUUUGCCGUGGGAAUUCUGUGCUUACCGUUUCUCGCGGUGACUUCCAUCACUGACAAGUGGUACUUUGGACAACAAUUUUGCUUCGCCUAUAUCAUCAUGCACUUGUGGUUCUGUUCCUGCUCCAUCUACUCAACUUGCGCGAUUUGUGUGGAACGAUAUGUUGGUGUCAGGUAUCCCCUCAACCACAAAAAGAUCAUGAGCACUUUUCGCGUUGUCUGCAUAAUCAUCUUUAUUUGGAUCUACGGCGGAAUUGUGACCUCCAUCGCGGUAUUUGCCUGGGCGGAUGAUGACGACCAAGCAGCAGCAUCCUCUUUAACAGUCCCCACCACUUACGAAUGCACUUCGUCGACAUCAUCUCCCCUCGAAACGUAUGAAUGCAAGAGCAACAAGCAACUCGGGCACGUCGUGUUUUCUACGGUUUUCAUCCUCUACAUCCCCGUCGUCAUCAUGGCCAUUUUCUACACUCGCAUUUAUAUGAUUGCCACCCAGCACUUGAAAGUGUUGCGGAACACGGGAAGCAACCGGAUGUUGCGGAGAGGGGGAAAUUCCUCGCGAAAAAGUGGAUUCCAACAAGACGCCGAUUCUGGCGUGUCCACCACCACGGUGGUCACGAUAGAUUCGGUUUCUCUGGAUGUUGACGAGCAGGGGAAGGCUGGUGGCCGGGGGAAUAACGGUUUGGGGGAUGAGAACAGGAACAAUCAGUGGUUCCCGUCCAUGCGACGACUUCAACUGCCCCUCACCCUUCAUGAACCGGCAAGUCAUGAUUCCACGGAACGAUUGGUGAAAGCGACGAGCAGCAAGAAGCACAUUUACCUCGCAAAAAAGCUGGUCAUUCUGGUCGGAAUUCUAUUAAUUUCCUACGUUCCGUACUACACGGUGUUCUUGAUCAGAGCUGUAAAACCAGAGUUGGCUUCGCUUCAGUUGUUCAAUGUUUUGAAAUGGGUGCGGUAUGGAAACAGUGCAAUUAAUCCGUUCAUCUAUGCGUACAGCGUGCCAGCGUACAGGAAGGCUUUCGUCAAUAUUGUUGUGAGGAGAAAGUUGUUCAAUUGAACGACAUUGAUUUACAGAUAUUUUACUAAUUUGGGGUAACUUACUUAUCGAUUUAGUUUGCUCUGAAGUAUUUGAUGUCGGAGUGAAAGUUUUGAAAUUAUAUGUACAUAGUUCCAUAUUUUGUGUAUCAAACCUCACCUAGCACAAUGACCUUAAUAAAACUGAUAAGUCAUCUUAUCGAUCCGACACAGAAUGAAAUCAGUUCAAAGCUAAAUUGAGGGUACUGGAUCAUGGCAGGAAACGAGUCAACCUUAAUUCAUCCGACUUUCAUAAUUCCACGAAUCAACUUGAACGUCUUCUUGACUGCUUUAUAUUCACGACGACCAUGAAAUAUUCCUCACUUGUGUGUUUGUAUCGUUUCCGAAUUAUUUUCAGGAUUGCUCAUGACUUUAGGAAACAUGGGGAAUAUAAAAUUUGUACAUGUUCUUUGCAUACUUUUAUCCCUAAGUUUCAAAUGGUGUACGUCGACCAACGAAUUGAACGGGGACUCCUUCCCAGUUUACAAGAGUGACAAUUUUAACGGAUUACAGCAGGAGAGGAGAGAACCAAUUAGUGAAAAUUCGACACUUGCUAAGGCGCUCGCACUGGCGAGACAGUUUCUCGUGAGGGAUGAAAAUAUCGUCACUUCUAUAAACGUAGAGCUCUUUAAGAGGUCAGACGGGUCACAAGUUGUGACCACUACAAAAAAACCAAAGAUGUAUUCAUGGUGGACGUUUACCAAAAAACCUACAACAACGACAACGACAGAAGAACCACCGGCGGAGGAGGAGGAAGAGGGAGAAUUGGAACAAGAGACCACAGAGGUCCCAGUAUCGGAAAGAACGGAAUUAUCAUCAACAACCAUGCAACAUCCGCAAUUUGAGACAACACCCAUUCUUGAAGAUAUAUUGACAACUGUGCCAAUCACUUCCACAAUAAUAACUGAUCAAUCUAACAUCAAUGACAAUUCGGCAAAAACAGAGACGCCAAUGACUCCUGAUUCCGUUACAGUAAUUGCCAAUAUCCCAGAAAUACCCAUCACGAUCACCACACCUGUAAUGCAACAGACCUUGAACGUACCAACAACUACACCUGUAAUGCAACAGAUCUCGGAUGUACCAACAUCUGUGACCGUGUCGACUCCGAAACCAAACAAGAAACCUCGCCCAACGAAACGUCCCCAGAAGGAGAAACGUACCACGGCAAUGUCGACUCCUUCCCUUCCGGACGUCACGACAAUUCUCCCAUCAAAUGAUCAAGAACAAGGGCAAACGACGACCAAAUCUCUCAACUCAAUCACGGACCCUUUCGGAGUUAAAAGAACUCUGGCCGAGAUUGUGAGCUCUUUCGGGAAAACGGUCCUCAAUCAAACUAAGUCGGUUGCGGUGUCCACGGCGGAAAAAGUAGUCCCGGUUGCUCGAGAUACGGCACGACAGGUGGGAAUCAUAGCGUUGACGGCGGCCGGACAGGUUGGCACGCUGGGUAAAACUGUGGCUGAAAAUGCGUACGGAAAUUUGGCCAAGAGGUUAAAUGCAACAGAGUUAUUGGACAAUAAAAAGAACGUAAACGUCAGUCCGACCCCACGAAUUACGCAAGCCCCACAAAGCGAUCAAAUGAAUUUGGGCAUUUACGAUGAUGAAGAGUCCGGUGCCAGCGUUCAUGACUGUAAAAUUACAGUAAUUCUAGGCACGGUUGGACUACUAGUCCUGAAAUAUGUUAUCACAUGAACAAAAUACAGAAAUCACUAAUUGUUUUAU